UUUUCGCCCUUCUCCCCCUUCACCUAAGACUCCAUGGUUUCCUCUUUAUUCGGCACCAAUGAACUCUCUUUCCCAGUGCCCACCCGUCCCAAAACCCUAAUAUAACUUCAAUCUAUGUUCGCAGUAGAAGCUAAAUUGAAACCAUAAGACAUGGGAAAUAAAAUUGCUCGGACAACGCAAGCCUCCGCGACGGAGUACUACCUCCACGACCUGCCGUCGUCGUACAACCUGGUGCUGAAGGAGGUUUUAGGCCGCGGCCGAUUUCUGAAAUCGAUUCUAUGUAAACACGAUGAGGGGCUUGUAUUAGUGAAGGUGUAUUUCAAGAGAGGCGACUCCAUUGAUUUGCGCGAGCAUGAGCGACGCCUCUCGCAUAUUUGUGAGAUCUUCAAUGGCAUCGAAAAUCCCCAUGUUUGGCCCUUCCAGUUCUGGCUGGAAACAGAUAAAGCAGCUUAUUUGCUUAGGCAAUACUUCUUUAAUAAUCUUCAUGAUCGUCUUAGCACACGUCCUUUCCUCAGUCUCGUUGAGAAGAAAUGGCUAGCUUUCCAGUUGCUGGUUGCAGUGAAGCAGAGCCAUGAGCGUGGGGUCUGUCAUGGGGACAUUAAAUGUGAGAAUGUGUUGGUCACUUCUUGGAACUGGCUUUACCUUGCCGAUUAUGCAUCAUUUAAACCCACGUAUAUUCCACAUGAUGAUCCUUCUGAUUUCUCAUUUUUCUUUGAUACUGGUGGAAGAAGGCGAUGUUAUCUUGCACCUGAGAGGUUUUAUGAGCAUGGGGUUGAGACGCAUGUUGCACAAGAUGCACCGUUAAAGCUAUCUAUGGAUAUCUUUGCCGUAGGGUGUGUUAUUGCUGAGCUUUUCCUUGAGGGUCAGCCUUUAUUUGAACUGUCUCAACUGCUUGCAUAUCGCAGAGGACAAUAUGAUCCUAACCAACUUUUGGAAAAGAUUCCAGAUUCAGGUAUCCGCAAGAUGAUCCUUCAUAUGAUUCAGUUGGAUCCAGAGUCACGGUGUUCUGCUGAAAGCUACUUGCAGAGUUAUGCAGGUGUUGUGUUCCCAAGCUACUUCUCGCCAUUUCUUCAUAACUUCUAUUGCUUGUUGAAUCCACUUAAUUCUGAUGCAAGGGUCUUGAUAUGCCAGACCUCUUUUCAAGAGAUACUUAAACAAAUGAGCAAUGGGCCAGAUGGGGAGAGCUCACCUGCUAUGUGCAUGUCUCCAAGUGUCACCAGUCAUGGGUUGCAAGGAAAGGAUGAAUGCCAAAGUUCAAACCGAUUGAAGGACACCCUUAAUAAAAGAGAGGGCACAGAGCGAGGAUCAAUUCAUGAUCGGUUUGAUCUUCUUGGCGAUGUGAAUACUUUACUCAGGGAUGUUAAACAAAGUAAUAAUAGAUGUUCUGCUGUUAAGCCAAUGCUGGAGGAUGCAGCCGAUAUUGCAUCUAAAAAUCAAAUGCACUCUGGCAUGCAGUCUCCUGGGGAGCUAUUUCAGACAGUUUCCAAUGUUUUCAAGAGAAAUCACCAUCCAUUCUUGAAAAAGAUAACCAUGAAUGAUCUAACCUCUCUCAUGUCUGAUUAUGACAAUCAAUCAGACACUUUUGGGAUGCCUUUCUUACCUUUGCCUGAUGAUGUAAUGAGCUGUGAGGGUAUGGUUUUAAUUGCGUCAAUGCUGUGUUCAUGUAUACGCAAUGUUAAGUUGCCUUUUAUGAGGAGAGGGGCUAUACUUCUAUUGAAGUCUUGUUCAUUAUAUAUUGAUGAUGAAGGUCGUUUGCAAAGAGUGCUGCCAUAUGUCAUAGCCUUGCUUCCAGAUCCAGCAGCAAUUGUUCGCUGUGCUGCAUUGGAGACUUUGUGUGAUAUCCUUCCUCUGGUUAGAGAUUUCCCUCCAAGUGAUGCCAAAAUAUUUCCAGAGUAUAUUCUUCCAAUGCUUUCUUUGCUUCCUGAUGAUCCUGAGGAAAGUGUGAGGAUCUGUUAUGCCAGCAAUAUAUCUAAGCUAGCUUUAACUGCUUAUGGGUUUCUUGUUCACUCUAUUAGUUUAAGUGAAGCGGGGGUUUUGAAUGAAGUGAAUUUAUCUCAUAAGUCACCAGUCUCAUCCAGUGAACCAUCUGGCCGACCACCGAGUCUAAACAGUAACACACAGCUUGCACAAUUGAGAAAAUCAAUAGCUGAGGUAAUCCAAGAACUGGUGAUGGGCCCAAAACAAACCCCAAAUAUCAGGAGAGCACUCUUGCAAGAUAUUGGCAACCUUUGUUGGUUUUUUGGCCAGAGACAAAGCAAUGAUGUCCUUUUGCCCAUUCUUCCUGCUUUUCUGAAUGAUCGAGAUGAGCAGCUCAGGGCCGUAUUCUAUGGGCAAAUCACGUAUGUUUGCUUUUUUGUUGGCCAAAGAAGUGUAGAGGAAUAUCUUUUGCCCUACAUUGAGCAGGCAUUAACGGAUGUAACUGAAUCAGUCAUUGCCAAUGCAUUAGAUUGCUUGGCUAUUCUUUGCAGAAGUAGUUUUCUGAGAAAGAUGAUAUUGCUUGAAAUGAUUGACCAUGCUUUUCCAUUGUUAUGUUGUCCUAGUCAAUGGGUAAGGAGGUCAGCUGUUGCUUUCAUUGCGGCCAGUAGCGAGAGCUUAGGUGCAGUAGAUUCCUAUGUUUUUCUUGUCCCUGUUAUUCGUCCUUUCCUCCGCAGGCAACCAGCAUCGCUUGCUUCAGAAAAAACACUUUUCUCAUGUCUUAAGCCUCCUGUUCCAAGAGAAAUAUACUACAAGGUUCUGGAAAAUGCAAAAAGUUCUGACAUGCUUGACAGACAGCGAAAGAUAUGGUAUAAUUCUUCGUCUCAGCCUAAACAAUGGGAAACUCUGGACUUGUUUGAAAGAAAUCCCACUGAAAUUGAUCAGAUGGCAUACUGGCAUGACAGAAAACAUGACAGUCAAGGUCACAAAUUUGGCAGUGAUAAACCGCUAGAUUUUACAGAUUGUGAUGAUAAUGAGACUAAGUUGAAGGCUUUGGGAAGCUUGAUACAAAAUCCUUCCAGUACAAUGGACAGCCAAGAUCGGCAUCCAUCAGAAAAGUUGCAAUUAUCUGGUUUUGUAUCUCCACAAGUGAGUAGUAUGAAUUGCUUAAUUGAUAAACCAUCAGAAGGAAUACCAUUAUACUACUUUAAAGUUGACAACAAGCGAGCAGCUGGAAUUGGUCCUGCUGCCUCUGAUACGUCAUUACCAUGUACUACAUUGGGUUUUGGUUCAUCAUCUUUGCCUUGGAUGGAUCCAGUAAACAAGUCAUUUAGUUUGGCUAACACAGUUCCAGCACCUAAACUUGUCUCAGGUUCGAUUAGCAUUGGUAACAACUCUACCCAAUUGCGGAGAGUUGUACAUGAAGUUGAAGACAGGGAAACUGAGCAAACAUCAUAUAUUGAUAGCAAGUUUCAAGAUCUGGGUGUGUCUGGCACAAAAAAAGGGGGUUCCUUUACAAUGGAAGACAACUUAGCUGCAACUGAUGGAACAGAGAUGCCGUCUUUUGGUCGAAUGUCAACUAUUCCAGAUUCUGGGUGGAAGCCUCGUGGAGUGUUAGUUGCUCACCUCCAGGAGCACCGCUCUGCUGUUAAUGAUAUUGCCAUUUCAACAGACCAAAGCUUUUUUGUUAGUGCGUCUGAAGAUUCUACUGUUAAGAUUUGGGAUUCCAAAAGGUUAGAGAAGGAUAUCUCAUUUAGAUCCAGGUUAACUUACUCUUUGGGGGGAAGUAGAGCGUUGUGUAUUUCAGUACUCCAGGGUUCUGCUCAAGUUGCCGUUGGAGCUUGUGAUGGAACAAUACACAUGUUCUCUGUUGAUUAUAUCUCUAGAGGACUUGGAAAUGUUGUUGAGAAAUACUCAGGUGUUGCUGAUGUGAAAAAACAUGGUGUUGGAGAGGGUGCAAUUUUAAGCCUAUUGAACUACUCACCAGAUGGUGGGCCCUGCAAAAUGAUUCUGUAUAGUACCCAAAAUUGUGGGCUCCAUCUCUGGGAUGCAAGAACAAGCUCAAAUGCCUGGAACUCAAAAGUGUAUCCUGAGGAGGGUUAUGUAUCUUCUCUUGUUGCUGGCCCUUGUGGAAAUUGGUUUGUGACUGGCUCAUCAAGGGGUGUACUUACACUAUGGGAUCUGAGGUUUUGUAUACCAGUCAACUCAUGGCAGUACACUCUCGCUUGCCCCAUUGAGAAAAUGUGUCUUUUUGUUCCUCCUCCAACUACCUCCUUGUCUGGUGCUGCAAGGCCCCUUGUUUAUGUUGCAGCAGGAUGUAAUGAAGUCUCUCUUUGGAAUGCAGAAAAUGGGAGCUGCCACCAGGUAUUGCGGGUGGCAAAUAAUGAGAGUGAGGCUGAAAACUCUGACUUACCCUGGGCUUUGGCAAAACCCUCCAGCAAAGCUACUCCUAAACAAGAUAAAAGGAGAAAUCCAAAUUCAAAGUAUAGAGUUGAUGAGUUGAAUGAGUCUCCUCCUCGCCUUCCUGGUAUUCGCACACUCCUUCCAUUACCUGGUGGGGAUCUGUUAACAGGGGGCACUGACUUAAAGAUACGUCGCUGGGACCACUGCAGCCCAGAGCGAACCUAUUGUGUCUGUGGACCAUCUAUAAAGGGAGUUCCAAAUGAUGAUUUUUACGAGGUGAAAUCCAGCUUUGGUGUUCAAGUUGUGCAGGAGGCAAAGAGACGACCCUUGGCAACCAGGUUAACUGCGAAGGCUAUUCUUUCAGCUGCUGCCACUGAUUCUGCUGGCUGUCAUCGCGACAGUAUUCUCUCAUUAGGCUCUGUCAAAUUGAACCAGAGACUGCUGAUAUCGAGCAGUAGAGAUGGUGCUAUUAAGGUUUGGAAGUAAAAAGGAACGUAGUAGCUGUAAUUUAAUGUACAUAUUUAAUUCAUAUGUCGAUAGAAUCUGUACAUUAUAUCAUUAAUCAAAUAGAAACAGAUCCAGUUCAACAUAAAUCCAGUCCAUUUUUUAAAUUUAUUGCGCCCUUCUCAUACAACAUUAUUUCUACUCUUUGUAAUACUUAGGCAUAGGAAUAUAUAGUGUUGAAAUGAAGAGUCACUUUUUCUGA